UGCGAAUAACGGAAUGGCCGCCAAAAAGAUACAAAAAGGACGCCAACUGAAACAAUUUACCUGAAAUGACGCCGUAAUCCCAGCAAUUGCAGCUUGCUCGCCAUAAAAAUAAGGUUCAGUUUAACGCCAAAAAUCGGGACAUAAACUUUUACCUGCCAGGUGGAUAAAACCCUCGCAGGGAAUUGAAACCACAGCAUUUGCAUCGUGAAACUCGAAGAGCAAAGUGGUGAUCAAAAAUGGUUCUGGCUGCCGAAGUUAGAAAUAUUGUGAAGGCUUUGAAGGGGUCGAAUAGCUGCGAGGAGAUUGCCCAGAUCCUGGAGUGCGACGUGGAGAGCGUGGUAAGCUGCAUUCGGGAGUGUGAGCUGCUCGAGGGCAAGACAGCCAGAUUGAUACUGCCUCAGAGAUCAAAGACAGCAACAGCAACAACAACAAUAGAGGCCAUCCUUCAGGAUGAGAAGAAGAAGCGUGAAGUGGGCAGACCAAAGCUGCUGGAGAAUCGGCAUUUGGUUGAGCAAAUGCUCACCAAUAAUCCUCACUUCACUUCCAUUGAUGUCCAGCGGGAACUCGCCCGCCAAGGCAUCGAAGUCAGUCGCAGGACCUUGCAGCGCAGGAUCAGCGAGAUUCGCUCUAAGAUCAGCCAGCAACCGAGUGCUUCUCAGUCGCCCAAGAAAUCGCUAACCUUUGGUCUCAGCGAGGUAGUCAAACGGAGGCGGUUGGCCUGGGCCACCGCACAUCAGGACUGGACAGUGCGCGACUGGCGCAACAUCUUCAACAUGGACGAUCUGAAGUUCGUAGACGAAUCAUCACCGCCAAAGGAGAUUUUCCUCGAUUCUCUAAUGGGUCCUGAGGGCACCGAGUGCAGUGACCUUAAUCUACUGGAGUUACUGAUGGAUAUCAUCCAGCCAAGGAUCCAAAAUCAGGCACCUAAAAACGUCGCCGAGUUCCGUGCGGUCUUGUACGACGUUUGGCACAGCGAUCAGGACAUGGUGGACAAGAUCGAGUUGCUCUACGAGUCCAUGACGUGGCGAGUGUCGGCGGUCCUCCGAAGCGGAGGAGACAAGACCGAGUACUGUUAGCCUUCUUAUGGAUUUAAAUCGAAUUAUGAGCUUUUAUUGUUGUAUUGAAAAUGCCAACAUUACCACUUUCGAUUAGCUUUUAAGUAUUUGGAGGGCCAUUUUAAAGUACAUGGUACGCUCUAAUUGGUUUUUAUGCCUAGAAUUUAUUUUCAUUAUAUUUUUUCGAGCAAUUGUAAAACCGUUUGGUUACAAACCUUUUUUCUUCUGACAGACUUUAAAAUAAAGUUUACUAAAUUGUAAAAA